AUGGCAUUUCAAUUUGACCCUCGAAGAGAUCUGCCCCCUCCAGAUAUCCAGCCGAGCUCCUACUACGCAUCCCGGCGAACCAUCUCCUACGGAAUUCCAGCCAAAAAGCCCAAGGUGAAACAAUGCUACGAUUGGAUCUUCUCAAGCGCCUCGAACAUCCAUGUUGCUCUCGAUCGAGCUGCUUUCAAGACAUAUAGCUCCUUCAAGUCCUAUGUUGUCACGGUGGCGGAUCAACGUCAGGUAACUGUCCGUGGCAUUGGCACGGUCGAGAUCAAGAUACGGCGUGCACCUGGGGCUAAAGACAGUCACACAGUCUGCUUGGAGAACGUGCUGCAUGUGCCGGAUUGGAUAUGCAACAUUGUAUCGGACGUAUGUUUCAUCCCUGCCAACUACGAGCACAGCUGGACAGAGUUCGGCGUCAACUUCUUUGUGCGAGAGAAGGCCGGAAUGAGACCGUGGGGCUACACGGAGAAUUUCUGUGGCUUGGACCGACUGGUCUUGUCCCGAAAUGUGCAAGGUCGAAGCCCAAUGUUGGAAGAUGCAGACCGCGAAGUGUUCUCUGUGAGCUUGACCUGGCCUCCAAGUCAGCGGGACAAAUGGAACGACUACAUGGCCGAAGAAGCGGCACAAGAUGCCAAACGAGGUGGAAUGGGAUCGAAAAAGAAAAAGGCUGAGGAUGACACAAGGGAAAGACGUCUAAAAAGAGAAGUCAAGAGUGACCUCGUUGAGUCAAGCCAGUGGAAGCUCGUGCCGGAUGUGACGGCCACGAUGAAGAAGCAAUGGAAAAGUGGACUGGCUGAGAUUGAUGGCGGCCUUGACCUUGUGGCGAGAGGACAAAGACGGAUGGCCGAGAGCGGUAAGAUCUGA